GGUAAUUGCUUAGCCUGCCAGUGUUUGAUUCGGUUUCACUGUGACUCGUUUGCGAAGUGCCCAGAGCAAAUAUGUAUCACCUUAAGCCGGUGCAGACCCGGAAUGAUGUUUGCGCUGUUCCAACCUGCAUGUACUCCUUGAAGCCGGUUUGCACGUUUUCGUUUGAUCGUGGCACGGACAAACAAUCGCCCGCCAGCGUCGAUCCGCUGUCAGCAGAAAUCGAUAAUUUACUCAAAAAGGUAGAAAACGACGAACUGAGCAUGCUGGCAGAGAGGCAGCAACGUGUGCUACAGCAGCUUGCGGAUUUGAAGAAGGAACUUUUGUCGAUGCGCACGGAGUUGAAGUUGAACAACAAAACCUCAUCGCCAUCGUCAAAAAGUGCCCCUGUGCAGUCGAAUGCCAAACUAACGGCUGAGCCCAUUAAUCUCAUCUACUUGCAAGAUUUCGUGGUAAAUGCAAGCCCCAAGUACAUACCACACAGUCUGCUGGCCCUGAAGAACCUGUGGAAAGAUCGGCUGAACUUGCAGGUAGAAUGUUUUACUCAUUCGACGGUUCCGAAGCUGAGCGAUGAAGCGAUCAGCUUCCAGCAGGCCAUUACAACGAACAGCACCACUGUCGCUAACCUUCCCAACAUCAAAGUGACCCUGAUUUGGAAAAAUGUUGGAACGUACACGGAAAUGAUCACGUCUCCGACCGCCUACGUCCCAAUCUGUGGCGAAGUGAACAUCCUCCGGUACCUUUCGCGCUGCGGUCCGAGUGAAUUCAACUACGAGCUGCAGGAGAAUGUGGUGGAAGUUGAUUCCAUUCUGGACGCGUGCUAUCUGAUGAUCAACAAGCAGGACAUGAAACAACGCCAACAGAUCCUCCGGACGCUUGGUGCGAAGUUGGGCAAAACGGUCGGCUUCGGUGGCGGUGGCGAGGUGGUGUCGUUAUGUGAUAUCGCCUUUACCAGCGCCAUCAAACAGGUCAAGCACACGGUUACUAAGGACAUCAAUCCCAACAUGGCCAAGUGCAUUGCGCGUGUGACAACCGUAGUCGGGAUUUAGGUGGCCUCUCUGCCGUGUGCUGCAAUGGAUGUCCCCUUGAGUGCGUGAGUGUUGCUCCUCAUCUUACUAUCUACCCGUUUUACUAACGCCGGAGAUGAACUGAUCAAAGCAGGCACACUCUUUACGGUGCUUGGUUUUUGGGAACGUCCUCGUUCGCAAAA